CUGGGAGGAACUUGCAAAUGCCUUGUCUGCACACAUCUAUACUCAAGUCAGGAAUCUAGCCAUACUGGAGCUGGGGAAUAGAUUCAGAAGUAAUUCAGUUCCAUCAAUGUUUAACUUGCAACAUGAUAUUUGUGUGUUCCUGUAGAGUUUGUUUUAUAACAUGUGUGGGAGGUAAAAGGACUCACAGCAUGCUCGGGGCAGGCAUGAGGAGAAUUUUAUUAGUUUUGAGGAUCAGGAGAUAUUGUACAAAGCAGAUACAGCCAGAAUCACCCAAAACCAGCCAGUCCAGUGGUUGCUUUCAUUAAGAACACUCAUAGCCCUGACCUUCAGUGUGAGGAGAGCAGCAACGUUCAAUGAAAGAGAGAAACUCAUCACUUCGAGAGCUACAAAUUCUUAUUUAAAGAUGGGCUUUGCAGAGUUUUAUUUCAACGUGGACAGCGGUUACUUGGAGGGACUGGUCAGAGGGUUUAAAGGUGGAAUCCUGAAACAGGCAGAUUUCCUCAAUCUGGUGCAAUGUCAGACUCUGGAGGAUCUGAAGCUUCUCCUUCAGAGCACAGACUAUGGCAGCUUUCUGGCAAAUGAAACUGGUCCUCUCACAGUCUCUAUCAUUGAUGAUAAACUGAAACAAAAGCUGCUGGUGGAAUUCGUCUAUCUGCGAAAUCAUUCUUUACAGCCCCUCACCACCUUCCUGGAUUAUAUCACGUACAGCUAUAUGAUUGACAAUGUUAUCCUGCUAAUUACCGGCACAUUACGCCAGCGUCCGAUCUCUGAGCUUCUUCCCAAGUGCCAUCCUUUGGGCAGCUUUGAGCAGAUGGAGGCUGUUCAUAUUGCUCAGACCCCUGCUGAACUGUACAAUGCUAUCCUGGUCGAUACACCAUUAGCUUCCUUCUUUCAAGAUUGCAUCUCAGAGAAUGACCUUGAUGAAGUUAAUAUUGAGAUAUUAAGAAAUAAACUCUACAAGGCUUAUCUUGAAUCAUUUUAUGGCUUCUGUAAAGACCAGGGGGGACAGACUGAAGAAGUGAUGUGCCCCAUCCUGCAGUUUGAAGCUGAUCGACGUGCAUUUAUCAUCACCCUGAACUCAUUUGGCACUGAGCUGAGCAGAGAGGAUCGAGCUACACUUUAUCCACGCUGCGGCAGACUGCACCCAGAUGGCUUGACCCUUUUAUCCAAAGCGGAGGAUUUUGAGCAUGUGCGUGCAGUCGCUGAAUAUCAUGCGGAAUAUAAACUCUUGUUUGAAGGUGCAGAGAAGAAUUCCAAUGAGAAGACAUUGGAGGACAAGUUCUUUGAAUAUGAGGUGAAGCUCAAUGUAAUGGCAUUUAAUAACCAAUUUCACUUUGGGGUAUUCCAUGCCUAUAUGAAACUGAAGGAGCAGGAAUGUCGGAAUAUUGUAUGGAUUGCGGAAUGUAUAGCCCAGAGACAUCGGACUCGCAUUGAUAACUACAUCCCCAUACUCUGAGUGCAAGUCACCUAAACCAUCACUGGCAUCCUGAGAAUAACCAGUAACUAACUCCUGUAACCUGUCCCAAGUCACUGAUCUUUAAUGACCAGUGUCUCUAUGAUCUACUUUAGUGAGCAACUCCAGUGACUUGUCUCCAAUAAUUGAUCUUCAGUAAUCUAUAACAGUUUAUUCUGAGUAAUCACCUCUCUCACCCAGUUGUGAGAAAUUUGCAUUUUGUUAAUCAAAUAUGAUCUUAUAUUAACCUUUGUUAAUUUUUGGCCUUGGUAAUCAGCCCUGAGAUAGCAACCUCUAGUUAACAGAUUAAUCAUUAGCCCAGGCAGGGACUCCCUCAAUACUGUCAGUCUUUUAGUGUGUUCUAAUGUAUUACCUUGUUUUACCAUGAUUUGAAGUAAUAAACAAGUAUUGGUGUUGAUGUGUUCUAUCUCAAAUUUCCAAUUACAAAUGAAAACUAUGUACAAAGUUGUCUAUUAAAAAUAUA